GGCAUGGUCUCGAAUCGAAUGCCUUGAUCACAGUGUACACCACAAGUCAUUGAUUAUUGAUUAACAGGAAAAUAUACUACGAAAAUGGAAAGCAGAUUUUCCGAAGUGAUUAGAAGAAAUGGUUGAAAUUAUUGAAUACUAGAUAUAUUUAUUCAGUGGCGAUAACAGUUUCCAUUUAAUAUUCUGGUUUUUUAUACGUGGUUCUUGGAUUCGGAGUUAACAAAAAGUCUUCUCAAUACUAUUCUAGGUUAAAAAAAGAAUAUAGAAGGCGAAAGGGAAUCUGAUAUUAUAUUACCAAGAUAAUGUCUUGGCCAACAUGGUCCGCAGCUGCGGCACCUAUACCAGCAGCAGUAGCAGCUCCAGUCCAAACGACGUUACUUCCAACAGGAAUUAACUCAGCUCCAGCUGUUAUUCCUCCCACUCUACAUCAGUAUAGCCAAGAGCAAUGGGCGCAAGCACAACAACAAAACUGGCAACAGUGGGCGCAAUGGCAACAACAGUACCAACAGUGGCAUCAACAGUAUGGGGCUGAGUAUCAGAAAUCGUUAACUGCUAUGCAAGCAGGCGCCUUACCUACUGUUACUCAACCUACAUUAACAGCUGUUCAGCCUCCUUUGCCUGCAGUUAUGGCUACACCAUUGGCCCCUCCCUUACCCGUUGAUAAUAAACCACCUUUACCACCAGAAGAACCGCCUACAUCCGUAGUUUCUUCAUAUUCUACAGCGCCUCCAAAACUCGGCCAAACUGGUUUCCCAACUACUCCUCUCAUGGCGACACAAAUUCUUCCCCCCCAAGUUGGACAAGUACAAUCUCAACCUAAUCAAACCGAUCAGUAUGGCAAUAACCAAAGCUGGACAAGUACCAGCCAGAAGAGACCUUAUGGGCAGGAAACCGAAUAUUCUGAUCCAAAAAGAGUAAUGACAGAAAGAAGUGUUAACCAGUGGGGGCAACCAAGACCAGCCUCCCAGUGGCAAAGCAGUAAUCAAAGUUACAAUCAACCUCCUCCACAAACCCAAGUUCUGCCUCCAGCCAAAGCUAAUGUUGAAGAAUUGUCUGAGGCUGAAAAGAAGUUUGAUAAGGAGUUUGCGGCUUGGGAGGCACAGUUCAAUAAGUGGAAGGAACAAAAUGCCAAUCAUCCUGAUAAAACUCAAUAUAGAGAGUAUGAGAAAAAGUGGGAAUCUUGGAGAAAUUCUCUGUUGGAGCGACGUGAGCAAAUGAGACGAAAAAGACUUGCUCUCACUGGCCAAACUGCCGCUGUCGUUACCAAACCACAGACUUUCAAUCAACCCCCUCCAAUUCAUCAAUCUUCGCCUAGUCAACCUCCGCCGCUUAUGUCUCAACGUCCUCCAGUGAUUCAAGACCAAACUGUUACUAAACCCAGUUUAUUGGGUGCAAGUCCAGGCAUGUACACUCCAUCCUCUGUGGUGGCUCCCAAAGCUACUGACCAGUUCUUUAGCAAACCUCCUCCCAAUCAAAAUAACGAACCUCUUGCUUUCAAAAGUGCUGGAUUUCCUCAACCAGUAGAAAUAGAGGAUACAGGAAAUGACUUUCUAAAACCUUCGUCUUCUUCAGGCGGAAUACCUGGAUUGGAUCUAGUUCCAGAUGAGGGAAAACCAGAUGAAGUACCUGAGAAAGAGAAUAGUGAAUUGAGCAAAACAGAGCCAGUACUAGAAGAACAGGCACCUCCUUCAGCAGCAGCACAAGGUCCAGAUUUUGACGCAAUUUCCAAAGGAAUAAAUACCAUAUUGGGUGAUCAGAAGCUUUCAAGUAUGUUGUCGAUGGUACCACAGAACCCUUCUGUUAAUACUGGAAGAAAUGUUGCUGUAGAUAGUAUAUCUACUAUGCGACCUAGUUACAUUCACGGGAGGCCCAAUUUCAGUGGACCACCGCCCACUCAAAUGCCUCAUCAAGGAGGCAACUUUAACAUACCUCCACCUUCUUCCAAUUUGCCAUUCAAUGAACAGUCAAAUCACAGUUUUGAAGAUAAAGUUCACAGGGAUGACUAUAGUCAACAAAGAGAAGUUGUAAAUAACUUUGAUGACCAAACUAGAAGUAGCUUUACAAUGGGUCCCAGCGAUAAUGAUCAAGGAUUCAGAAAUCGUGGCCCAGGAACCAGAUUUGGGGUUCCUCCUCCGGAGAGUAGAAAUAAUUUUUCAUUAGGUGGACAACGGAAUAUUUCUGAAAAUUUCGGCAGAGGUUUGGGUAGAGACAGUUUUUUGGAAGGCCCUGGAAAUUUUGACAGAGGAAAUAAUUUCAAUCGCAAUGACAGAUUCAAAGAUAAUAUCAGAAAUGAUGACGGCUUUCAAGGGGACCGUUUUGAUAGUUACAGAGACGAUAGAUUUGGUGGAAAUAAUGAAUCCAGAGGUAACUUUGGAGGAAGUGGUGCCAAAUUUGGUAGACAAGAUAACAGCAACUUUAACCGGUCAGAUAGUGGUUUUGGAAGAGAAAAUCCCAUCGGUCGUUCUAGUUUCAAUAAGUAUAAUGAUUAUGAUAAUCAUGACGAGGAUGACUUUGAAACUUAUCAUCAGAAAUUUGCUGAUGAUGAAGACCAGUAUCAUGAUAAUGAGUAUCAAAGACCGAACAUCCAUAGACCUCCACCAUCAGAGCAGUUGCCUCCUCAGAAACAACCAAAGAUUCCUUCACUGAUGGAUCAGAUAGCUCCUGCACCUCCUCAGAUUCAGGCUCAGAUUCAAGCUCAACUUGAGGCUCAGGCUGCUCCUCCACCAGUGGAAGAAGAAUUAUUCGAGCCAGAAAAUGUAGUUGAUUAUGAACACAAAUCACAACAGCAAGACGAUCCCGAUAUUUCUGUGGAACCAUUAAAUAUGUUCGACUAUCGUCAUAAACCAUUCAAUAGAAUUCCUUUGCCUGAAAGACCAAAGUGGCUCGCUGAAUCAGUCAAGUUUAUAAGAGAAUUUGAUCCAAUAGCUUCACGAUACGACAGAAUUUCUGCGCCAGGACCUGUCGACAGGUUUUCAGUUCCUAGAGAGGAAGACCGUUUCAGUCGAGGAAGGUCGUUCGAAGAAAGAGAAAUGACAUUCCCAGUGGCUAGAGGUGGUCCAUUUGAGAGGGAAGAGUUUCAUCGUGAGAGAGAAGAGUUCCAUCGUGAGAGAGAUGAGUUCCCCCGCGAAAGAGAUGACUUUCACCGUGACAGGACUGAUUUUCGUCAUGAUAGAGAAGAUUUUCAGCGUGAAAGAGAAUUUCCACGUAACAGAGAUUCUUAUCGCCGCGAUAACAAGAUGGAUAGAAGUAGGGAAACUGGUCGACAAAGAUUCGAAGAAGAUAGAUAUAGUAGGGGUAGAAGUGAGAAUGAGUCGAAUAACAGGAAAAAUGAAAGAAAUUCAGGAUCAAGAAUGAAUAAGGACGACUUUGAUGAUUUAUCAGAUGAAGAUAUGGAUUGGGAACAGGGUGAACAAAAAAGGCAUCUGGACCAACAAGCGGUUAGGAAUAGUCGUAGUAAGAGUCCUGAAUUGAGUAACCCACCUAAUCCUUCUAAUAAUUCAGCUGAAAUAGCAAUGAUUGAAGAUAUUAUAGAUCCCCCAGGUCGUCUGAAUCGUCCUCCACGUAUUGUCAUAAUUAUAAGAGGUCCUCCUGGAAGUGGAAAAACUUUCCUUGUAAAACAGAUAAAAGAUAAAGAGGUCGAGAAUGGUGGAUCAGCGCCUAGAAUUUUGUCAUUAGAUGAUUAUUUCAUGGUUGAACAUGAAAAACAAAUUUUGGAAGAUGGAAAAACUCAAACAAUUAAGGAGAUGGUUUAUGAAUAUGAAGCAGAAAUGGAGGAAUCCUACAGAUCCUCACUUUUGAAAUCAUUCAAGAAAACGAUAACAGAUGGAUAUUUUUCGUUUGUUAUUGUAGACAAUGUAAACGAUAAGGUUAAACAUUUUGGAGAAAUGUGGAGUUUUGCAAAACAAAACGGAUUUCAGGUCUAUAUUUGCCAGUUGGAUUUGGAUCCUGUAGUUUGCAUAAAACGUAACAUUCAUAAUAGAACUGAAGCUGAAAUAGAAGAAUGUAUUGCUGGUUGGGAGCCCACACCAUCUCAUCAUCCUACAAUUGAUGCUUCUAACCUUCUACAAGCAUCUAGUGCUAUUACAGAAGUUGAAAUGGAACUUGAAGAUAACCAACCGACAGAACGACAAGAAAAUGAGCAAAAAGACCAACCACCUCAACAAAAUUUCCCAGAAGAAGAAAAGAAGGUUGGAGAGGUAAGGGACCAAGUAAGAAGCAAAUGGGACACUUUCGACUGUUCUAGUAAUAAUCUCGCCAAGCUCGAUGGAGUCAGUAAACCCCUCCGAAAAUCGCACACCAUGGAAGAAUACCUCCAAUUGGAAUCCGAAUGGGAACCCCCGAAACCCUCCAAAUCGGGGAAGAAGAGGGUAGGUCAUGCUCAAAGUAUUUAAUAACUAAGUUAUUCA